AUGCAAGAUAAAGUAAAGGCCACUCAGCAUAUCACUGAUAUCCUUUUAAAAUAUGACAUAGAUACUAUCUUUGGUAUUGUAGGUAUUCCUGUAGUCGAAUUAGCUGAUAGUUUUAUUGCAAAUAACAUCAGGUUUAUCUCCUUCAGAAAUGAACAAUCUGCUUCAUAUGCUGCUUCUGUAUAUGGUUAUUUAAAUAAUAAGCCUGGUAUAUUAUUGACCGUCGGUGGACCAGGUCUAAUUCAUUCUUUAGCUGGUAUAUAUAACUCAAUAGAAAAUAAAUGGCCAUUGAUAGUAUUGACAGGAUCAAUAGAGUCAACAGAUCAAUAUAAACAUGGAUUUCAAGAACUGGAUCAUGUUUCUCUUUUACAUAGACAUAUCAACUUUACUGCUAAAUUAUCCUUGGAGAAUAUCGAUAGAUGUUUUUAUGAAGCAAUGAGAAACUCCUGUUUAAUAAAUAAAGGAGUAAGUUUUAUAGAGAUUCCUGGCGAUUUAUUCCACUCGACUAUAUCAACUGAUGUAAUCGACAAAUCUAUUGUACAUCAACCCAUUUCUAAGAAAUUAAUUGAAUAUCAACCAACUGAUGAGUUAAUUACAAAAGUAUCGAAAUUUUUAUUAGAGAAUAUAAAUAAGAAUAAGAAGAAUUGUUUAGUAGUAAUAGGAGAUGGUGCUAUGGAUGAUUCCCAAAAAUUGACCAAAUUUCUUACACAUUUUAAUCUGCCUUUCAUUACAACGCCAAUGGCCAGGGGUAUUGUACCUGACUCAAGUAAACUCAAUGUAGCAAGUGCAAGAUCAUUAGCUUUAAAAAAUGCUGAAAUAGUGCUUUUGAUUGGAACUAAACUUAAUUGGAUAUUACAUUUUGGUUCCAGCUCUAAAUGGAAUGAAAAUACAUUAUUUAUUCAGAUCGACAACUCGCCUUCCAAUCUAGGAUUAAACAAUUCAAAAGGGUUGGAAUAUUCAUUGUUUGGUAACAUCUCAGUAACCCUUGACAAAUUAUCCAGAUCUUUGAUUAAAUUUAACAAGAAUAAACAAUGGAGAUAUCAAGGUCCAACAGAGAAUAUUAAAAUAAAGAUCAAAGAAAAUGAAAUAAACUUGAAGAAAAAGGAAUCCAAUCAUUCAACAUCUCAGUUGAAUUAUAAUGAAGUAUAUGGGAGUUUGAGAAAAAUAUUAAAUGAUAGAGAAACCAUAAUAGUUAUGGAAGGUGCCAACACCAUGGAUAUUGCAAGAAUUUCAUUUAAAACAGAUUAUCCUCAACAUAGAUUAGAUUGUGGAAAUCUAGCAACUAUGGGUGUUGGGUUAGGCUAUGCAAUCUCGGCAAAGCUUUCUAGACCUGACAAAACAGUAGUAUUGAUUCAAGGUGAUUCAGCGUUUGGGUUUUCGGGAAUGGAAAUUGAAACUGCAGUAAGGAAUAAAUUAGGUUUAAUAAUUAUAGUAAUGAACAAUAGCGGUAUUUAUAAGGGAGUUCCAAUUGAAGAACGAAAAUCAGACAAAGCUCUACCGUCUACUGCAUUAACCCAAGAUUGUCGUUAUGACAUUGUAGGGAAGGGACUUGGCGCAAAUGGGUACCUGAUUAGAGAUUUAAAUCAAUUGGACAAAUUUUUUAAAUUAGCUGUUCAAAGAUCUAAAGUUAAUAAGGAGACCUCUAUUUUAAACGUAAUUUUAGAACCUGGUAAACAGAAAAAACUUUCUUUUGGUUGGCAGACAAAGGCACGAUUAUAA